ACAAUGUUAUUAGCUCAGAUAAAUCGAGACUCUCAGGGAAUGACUGAAUUUUCUGGAGGAGGAAUGGAGGCCCAGCAUGUGACUCUUUGUCUAACAGAAGCUGUAGCUGUGCAAGAUGGUGACAACUUAGAAAACAUGGAAGGUGUAAGUUUGCAAGCAGUUACCCUUGCUGAUGGCUCCACUGCUUACAUACAGCACAAUUCUAAAGAUGGUAAAUUAAUGGAUGGCCACGUGAUUCAAUUAGAAGAUGGUUCUGCUGCUUAUGUUCAACAUGUAUCCAUGCCUAAAAGCAGGGACACCUUGCGUCUGGAAGAUGGACAAGCAGUUCAGCUGGAAGAUGGAACUACGGCAUUUAUUCAUCACACCUCAAAAGACAGUUACGACCAGAGCGCAUUACAAGCAGUCCAGCUGGAGGAUGGAACUACUGCCUACAUUCACCACACGGUGCAGAUGCCGCAGUCAGAUACCAUUUUAGCCAUUCAAGCUGAUGGCACAGUGGCAGGUCUUCAUACAGGAGAUGCUGCCAUUGACCCAGAUACCAUCAGUGCUUUGGAGCAAUAUGCAGCCAAGGUGUCUGUUGAUGGAAAUGACAGUGUUAGUGGCACAGGAAUGAUAAGUGAAAAUGAACAAGAUAAAAAAAUGCAGAUUGUCUUGCAAGGACAUGGAACGAGAGUGACUGCAAAAUCGCAGCAGAGUGGAGAGAAAGCCUUUCGCUGUGAUUACGAUGGCUGUGGAAAACUGUACACAACAGCUCACCAUCUUAAGGUGCAUGAAAGGUCACACACAGGAGACAGACCUUAUCAGUGUGAACAUCCUGGAUGUGGCAAAGCCUUCGCAACAGGGUAUGGAUUAAAAAGUCAUGUCCGAACACACACUGGUGAAAAGCCUUAUCAGUGCACAGAAGAAAAUUGCACCAAAUCAUUCAAGACUUCAGGAGACCUGCAGAAACAUAUACGAACCCACACAGGUGAAAGGCCCUUUAAGUGUCCAUUUGAAGGAUGUGGCAGGUCAUUCACAACAUCUAAUAUUAGAAAGGUUCACAUCAGGACACAUACAGGCGAAAGGCCUUAUUACUGUACAGAGCCAGGAUGUGGGAGAGCUUUUGCCAGUGCAACUAAUUAUAAGAAUCAUGUGAGAAUACACACAGGCGAGAAGCCGUAUGUCUGUACAGUUCCUGGUUGUGAUAAACGUUUUACAGAGUAUUCCAGUUUAUACAAACAUCAUGUUGUACAUACACAUUCCAAACCAUAUAACUGUAAUCACUGUGGGAAAACAUACAAGCAGAUUUCUACACUUGCUAUGCACAAGCGGACAGCACACAAUGAUACAGAGCCGAUUGAAGAAGAACAAGAAGCUUUUUUUGAGCCAUCUCCAGGUCAAGGUGAAGAUGUUCUCAAAGGCUCCCAGAUAACCUAUGUGACAGGUGUAGAGGGAGAAGAUGUAAUUUCUGCACAGGUUGCUACAGUUACUCAGUCAGGAUUAGGUCAACAAGUAGCACUAAUAUCCCAGGACGGAACCCAACAUGUCAACAUAUCCCAGGCAGAUAUGCAGGCCAUUGGCAAUACUAUCACUAUGGUAACACAAGAUGGCACCACCAUCACAGUCCCUGCCCACGAUGCCGUCAUCUCUUCUGCAGGAACACAUUCCGUAGCGAUGGUUACUGCAGAAGGCUCUGAAGGACAGCAGGUUGCUAUUGUGGCUCAAGACUUAGCAGCAUUUCAUAGUGCCUCAUCAGAAAUAGGACAUCAGCAACAUGGGCACCAUUUAGUGGCUACAGAAACUAGACCUGUUACUUUGUUGGCUACAUCCAAUGGAACACAAAUUGCAGUGCAG